UCAUUAGGUGAGGAGACACAUACCCACUUUAAUGCGGGUUCUUUAGAAAUUUUGUGAAGAUAUUGCAAAAAGAAAAUUGUGACUGAAAAUAUGUCUACAGUAAGAGAAAGACCAGAACCUUUAUCAGGAAAGGACGAAGGAUCAUUUGCCUAUCUUACAAUAAGAGAUAGACUACCAGUGAUUCUGACCAAAGUCAUUGACUUAGUUCACAGACAAGCAUCAGCAUUGUCAGAGUCCAAUCAACAGGAAAAGGUGGAGGAUAGUAAAGGAGUGAUAGCAAAGCUCUCUAAAUUAAGAUAUGAGAUGAAAACCAAUAAGCCACUGAUGCAGAUGGAAGAUGAUCGGCCAGAUGUGCAAAUUUGGAACAACACCAUUAAGGAGAGUAAAUCACUGGUUGAUCAAGACAAAAUUGCCUCCUUUACUGGAGCAUGGUUGAUUGUUGAAUGCUACAUGUAUCGCAAGAUCUAUGAAGCCUUUGCUUUAAGCCAGCACCACCAGGACUUUGAUCCCUUUCAAGAACAGAAAGAAGAAUCAUUUAAAGGACUUCAGAACUCAGCAAUUUCCUUGGCUCAGUUCCUUGAUCACUCCCUACAUGAUUCUGGUGUUGAUGAUGAAGAGAAAAGAAAAGUGAAAAAUGCAUUUGACACUCUGCUUCAGUUCUGUUUGUGGGGAAACCGUUGUGACCUUUCGAUCUCUAGUGGUGAAAUCACAGAGGAAGAAGGAGCAGGUCAGACUGACCAUCUUCAGCGCAUGAAAGAAAAUAUAAUUGUCGACAAUUCUCAAGAUGUCUGGAACACAAUUUGUAGCAGUGAAAACCCCAGGAUUGAUUUUGUUCUGGACAACUCAGGCUUUGAACUUUUUACAGACCUAUGCUUUGCAGAGUUUUUGCUGCAAGCAAAUUUAGCCAAGGAGAUUCAUCUUCAUACAAAGCAAAUUCCCUGGUUUGUUUCUGAUGCUAGUAACAAAGAUGUCCUGUGGAUGACAGAACAAAUGAAAGGUUCUUCAAACAAGUGCUUAUCUGAACUUGGAGAUCGCUGGAUUCAGCGCUUCCGAGAAGGAACAUUCAUUCUUCAAAGCCACCCAUUUUGGACACUGGCCCAAGAUUUUAGUGAAAUGAAAAGCAUUGCCCCUGAGUUGUACAGAGAGCUGUCAAAGGCAAAGAUUGUAUUUUUCAAGGGUGACCUGAAUUAUCGCAAGUUGGUUGGUGAUCGUAAAUGGAAUCAUACAACUCCUUUUACACAUGCCCUCUGGGGAUUUUUGCCAGCACCUCUGUGUUCGUUAAGAACCCUGAAGGCUGAUGUCCAAGUUGGAUUAUCACCAGGUCAAGAUGACAAACUGGAGGCUAUCAAUAAAGACUGGAUGACAUCAGGGAGCUAUGCUGUUAUUCAGUAUGCUCAAUGCCUAGACUGAUGGCUCUCAGUAAUUAAAAGGAAAGAGAUACAACAAUUGAAAUUUUACUGGGUAAACAUCAAAAUUUUUACCAUGACAAUAAGCAACUGAUGGCUUAAAAAAAUGUGGGUCAUAGGAACUUAAACUUAAGUUGAAUAUCUUGUAGUAAUAACCUGUGAAGUCACAUUAAUUUGUGUUCUUAUUAAAUAUUUGCCACCAUGUGGUAAGAUUUCAGAGAAAGAACUUUCAAUUGGUAACAGUCAGUUAUUAACCAUCAGUAUUGCCUUUCAUUAUGAAUUAUUUAAAAAAGUGGUUUUAAGUGUGUUUUUUUGUUUACAAUUUGAAAUAAUAUUCAUCACCCACAUAAGGGGGAGCUUCUGCCUUAAUGUGAUGUUCAAUUACAGAUGCCAAUUCCUCUGAAGUCUGCUAUUUAACAACAAACUUCAGAAGAGCAAAACAUCAAAUUGAAUGCAGUGGUGAAUACUGUUCAUUUGACCAGCAGCUUUUAAUCAAGGGCUCUCACCUGUUUUUUUUUUUUUUUUUUUUUCAAUUGAUAUCUAAGGAUUGUGUUACUUUACUCUAUCUUUAGUUAUUUCCACUGUAAACUUUGCUAAUUAAAAUAAAUUAUUCUCUAUAAGACUUCUAGUCAAUAAGUAAUUUCAAGUUUUAUUUUUUUUAGUCCUAUUAUUACAAACUUAACUAACAAUUAAGCCACUAUAUUUAAGAUUUACUUUAUUUAUUCUAUACUUCAUCUCUUUGAAAACCUUGUUAUGCCUUUCACUAUUUCUACAAUACUAAGUGAAUAAUUUUGGAACAUGUUGCUUCUUUCAUGAGAGGAAAUGCUGAUGGAUUACAUUCAUAAGUCAAAAUGAUGACAUGUUAUUAGUUUACAUCAUUACAUCAAGCCUUACCUUAAAUGAAAUUGCUACUGGGAUUUUCAAUUAUUUUUGUAGGUUUAUGUAUUUAUUUGUGGUACAGGGUUUAAUAGGAAAAGAAAUAUAAAUAAAA